AUGGCUGCUCCCGGAGUUCAGUCCCUGAAGUGUGUUGUGACUGGUGAUGGUGCAGUCGGAAAGACAUGUCUGCUCAUUUCCUACACGACGAACGCCUUCCCCGGUGAAUACAUUCCCACAGUGUUCGACAACUACUCGGCGAGUGUCAUGGUUGAUGGCAAGCCCAUCAGCCUGGGUCUUUGGGAUACUGCCGGACAAGAAGAUUAUGAUCGAUUGCGGCCCCUCUCAUACCCCCAGACCGACGUCUUUUUGAUUUGCUUCUCCAUCGUCAGCCCUCCUUCUUUUGAUAACGUCAAGGCCAAGUGGUACCCCGAGAUCGACCACCAUGCGCCCAACAUCCCCAUUAUUCUGGUCGGUACCAAGCUCGAUCUGCGUGAGGAUCCAGCGACGCUUGAGUCACUUCGACAAAAGAGAAUGGAGCCUGUCUCAUACGACCAGGCUCUGAUGUGCGCCAAGGAGAUCAGGGCACACAAGUACCUCGAGUGCUCUGCCCUCACCCAGAGGAAUCUGAAGAGUGUUUUCGACGAGGCCAUCCGUGCCGUCCUCAACCCCCGCCCUGUUGCGACCAAGACCAAGAAGUCAAAGUGCGUCGUUCUAUAG